AUGAAUUUAGAAUCACAUCUAAAGCAUAUCAGAACCUACGUUAACUGCAACAUUGAUACUAAUAUUGGUCUGAAUCACUCAAAGUUUCAAAACACACUAAAGUCCAUAGACCUUUUCCAACAAGAUCCGUAUUAUCUUGAAAAAUAUUUGAAUGAAUUGAUCCCUCCACUAGUCGAAAAAUUUCAUUAUGGGGAAGUAUCCAAUCAUAACACUACUACUAACAAUCAAAUAGCUCAAAUAUAUUAUCAGUUUUCGAAAGUAUGUGGUUUUAAAAAAACCUAUUUUCACCUAAGUGACAACAUUUAUUUAUUAACUCCUAUAUUAUCACAAUUAAAUGAGCUAUUCAACUCAGGUCAUACUCCCUCUAAUCACAAUUGGAUGCUUAUUUAUUAUCUUUUGUCAUGCUUAUUAUUGCUAGUUCAAUCCCCAUUUAAACUACCAAAUGAUUCCAAUGUUUAUUCUACCAUAAAAAAUUGUGAAUCAACUUAUUCUCGCACAGGUGGAAUUCUUUUAGUACAGCCCAUAAUAUCAUUGAUAAAAGCACAUCUACUGUCAUCAAAUGAUAAUUUAUUCAUUCGAGAAAAAAAUAACCUGGAUUUGUUAACAAUAAAUUAUUACUUACGCCAGAAACUAACUUUGUCGUCCUUUGUAAUACCUGCUUCCUUCCAUGAUUUUUUAGCUUUAGAAAAUAUAAAAUCGUGGAUACUACAAGCCACUACACAAAAUACCUCACAAACCUACAUUGCCACACUUUUAAAAACUCUACCAAAGAUAGGUAAGUUUUAUGUUGAAUUUUUUCAAGAUUUCGAAUCAUUCGAAUCCUUAUUGAACUUAUGUUUAGACGAAACAUUUCAACAAUGUGUUCUACUUUAUACAGAACUAAGGUUUAAAUACGCUAGGAUGAUAGUUAAAUGUUUAAUACCCAUCCAGGAUAUUGACACUGAAGGGACUUAUGCUGAUGUAUGUAAUGAGCUUAUUCAAAUAAUAAUUUCUAAAAUAUUAACUGAAGUAAACAUUACCCAUGAUGAAUUACACUUGAAUCUCUUACUUAUCGCAGAGUUCAUAAGAAGCCAAAAAUUCCCACAAAUCGUGACUAGUGAUGAUAACGAACUUCGCCUAGCUAAAAUUAUUGACAAAUGUAUAAAAUUUCAAAAUUUGGGAAUGAAUUAUAAUAUCGAAGGCCGUAAAAUUAGAGACGCGACCAAUUUUUUAUGUUGGUCCAUUUCAAGGAGCAAUAAACUACCUAUAUCGUUACAAAAACUAAUAUUUUCCAAGUUGCUAUGUUGUGCAAUGUUCGAUGUGGAUUUGAACAUUAGAAGAGGUGCUAUGGCAGCUCUGCAAGAAUUAUUGGGUAGACACUCCACCACAAUUUUAAAACAAGAUGAUAUAGUCCAAAUAAUUCAGUUGCCAGUAUUGAACUUAAAAUCAAACUUUAUACAUGAAGAUGAACAUUCAAACAUCAGCAAUAUUCUAUCGGUGGUGGAAAAAGAGUGCUACAGACUUGACAUGUAUCUUGAAGAGCUUAUUGACUGGAUUAUUAACUAUAACAUCGGCAUCAAUUAUGAUUACCAAAUUGUUAAAUCAUCGUCAACACUGAUUUCAAUCUUAUUGUCAACAUCGAAUAAUGCUCAACAUCGUCUUACUAGUAUUAUACAGGAGAAUAUUACAAACUUUGAAUCGAAUUCCAGUAACAAGUUUCAGCAUUUAUAUUUUAUAUCCACCAUCAAACCUUUAUUACCCGAUGAAAAAUGUACUUUUAUCUUUGAUGGAAUAACCCAUAAGGAAUUUAGUAAUUCGAAAACAGCCAAGACCACAUUCUAUUAUACGGCUUGGCUAAAAUAUUUAUCGUCAUUCAUCGCGAGACUAAAUUCUGAGAUGACCACUGUUAUUAUCAAAAGUUUAAAAUAUUUUAGUGAUAUUGCCAAUGACGAAAGUAGUGGAAAGGAAUUCCUAAAAAUACUCCCACAAAUUAUCAAACAUAUGGAAAACGAAAAUAAUUUCAUAAGCAGCAAUGAUUAUACUAAAUUUUGGGAGUCCUUCAUGAAAUAUUUGAGAUUUAAUAAUCAACUAUGCUUCAGUUUAUUACCAUCUAUUUCCUUGAAUGCUGCAAAAUUUUUAGAUAUAAUUAAAAACUCAAAUUCAGAAUCCAAGAGUAGAUUUAUUGAAUCACUAUCCACAUACUGCUUAUCAACAGAAAAUAGUUCAUUCGCCAUUGAAGCGAUCAUAGAUUCUUUAGACGACUACACUUUAACCACCAAGGGUGAUGUUGGCCGGUUGGUUAGAACCAGCGCAGUUAGAUCAAUUUCGGCUCAUAUACCACUUUUCCAGAAAUUGAUUGAAGAGUCUACAGAGAUGUACACUUCUGUAGUAAGCAAACUUUUAAGGAUAUCUGUGGAACCCUUAGAAUCACUUAGAUUGGAAAGUUUAAAUGUGUUACUCAAAUUAUUAGCUAUGGAUGCGCAGUACGUUGGUAAUAAUAUUACUACAAAUUACAACUUGUUAAAAUUCCAAAAGGCCACUUUUACUGACAGAGAAAUAAAAAGAAGUUUUUGGAAGGGUUACUGCUUUAGCGGCGGCGCACUUCAUUCUACGGAUAUGCAAAUUAAAGACUCCAUUGACUCUUUUCUUGAAUUUUACUACACUGAUCUAGAUAUAAACCAAAAACUGGAAACCUGUAAUGAGUUAAUUAGAAUUAUUCCAACAGGCCAGUAUAUAAAAGAUUGGUCACAACCUUAUAAUCUUAUGGGGAGUCCCAGUGAAAGACCUAUCUCCAAAGUUGUUUCAACAUUGUUGAAAUUUUGGGAAAGAAUUUUAGAAAGUGGAAUUGAUAUUGACCUACCUGGAGAGAAGUUUAAUUACCAAGGUGUUUUUGCUAGAUUUUAUAAUAUUCAACUAACUUUGAGAAAUAAUCCCCAAAUUAAAAAACAAAUUAUUCAUGCAUGCACAUUACUGGCCAUAAACAGCGGCUGUGAACCAAAGCUUACUAAAAUGGUUAUUGAAAAACUACUACAGAUGUUGCAGCAGGUUGCCAACGCUAAUGGUGGCUCAAUAAAACAAUGUAUCAUCCAAAAUUUAAUUUUGAUAUUUUUGGACUUGGAAAGACACGACAUAGUUCACAAAUUAAAUAGCAACACAAUUAUUUCUUAUUCUGCUUCCCUCCUAGAAGAAUUAGAUUUUUAA